ACUCCGCUUCUCCCUUUCCUCGAGUCAUUCGUUCCGCGACGCGUCGUCUCGCCGGUCGGUUUCCGCUCCGUACGCUCGGGCUCAUUCCCAUCGCGUCCGCUAGUCGCUCUUACCCACCCCGCCCGACAAUCAACAGAGAUGACGGAAAGUACGGACGCACCUGCCGCGCCAGCACCCGAGAAGACCCCCGCGGAGAAUGGCACUACUGAGACGCCGCCCGAAGAAACUCCCGAGAAGGCCGUUGAAGAAAAGAAGGACGAGACUCCACCACCGAAGGAGAUGCGCGCGGUAGUACUUACUGGCUUUGGUGGACUCAAAACUGUCAAAAUCUUAAAGAAGCCCGAACCUACUGUCGCAGAGGGCGAGGUUCUCAUCCGCGUUAAAGCAUGGUAAGUGAUAUUAUUGUAAU